AUGUACGAUACAAAGCCACUCUUUGAUUGCGAUAAAUGUAAAAUCGUCUAUCGUCUUAAGGUGAGCAAGACGAGAGGAGAACCCAGUACGAGCACAAAUCUAAAGGAAGCCCUCUGCGAGAAAAUUCCCGUGCAUCAUGAUCUUCUAAGAAACUUUCGGGUUUAUUUCGGCUCGAAUAUCGUUAGUCAAAUUACUGUCGACAGUUUAUACCAGGGAUUAAGUGAUGUAAAAACCAUCGUCAAGGAAACAUCAGAACUCGAUUCUAAAUAUGGUAUUAUGUACCGUGGAUUGACUAUACCGGAAGUGAUCGCUCUAUUGCCUCGCGAGGGAAAUUCACCGAGUGCGGAAGCGGUGUUUUGGUUGCUCUUGACUGGUGACGUCCCAACGCAGCAGCAAACAGCUUCAUUAAUUGCCGAUUGGACGUCGCGACGAAAAUGUACGGAAUGGUGGUUGGGACCGCAAGGUGAAACGAUAGCUUCGGUUCUGCGUUCGAUGCCCGAAACAAUCACACCCUUGCACAGAUUGUCGGUCGCCCUCGCAAUUUUUGACAUCAGUAAACAGACGAACGAGGCCAAAAGGCAUGGUGCUCUGCCAUAUACUUAUUGGGAGUAUGUUUAUGAAGAUGGUAUGGAAUUUCUGGCGACUUUACCAGCGAUCAUUGGUCUGAUAGCUAAAGGUCGAACAUUGACAAAUGUGAGUGGCGAUGGCGAUUGGGUGCAGUUUUUGUUGGAUUGCUUGAAUAAUAUGCAUGAGAGCUGUGAUAAUCGAAGAUCAUCGAAGAUUGCGGAUUUUCUCAGGCUAUACAUCACUUUAAAUGCUGAUGAUGAUGGUGCAGCUCCGCCCGCUCACAUUACGCAAAUUUUGGGUUCAACUGAUCUCCAUAUAAAUGAGGUAUUAGCAAGCACCGUUUUAGCGCAUAUCAAUGAGCCUAAAAGUGGAACAAUGUUGCAGUGGAAAGAAUUACAAAUGAAGAUUAAAAGCAUGCUGGGUCGAACAUGGACGGAACAAUCCUUGAAAGAUUGCGUGCUGAAGCUAUGGAGUAGAGAUAAAUUGACAGGGCACAGGGAGGCUGAUUUUUGCGAUCCACGAUACAUAGCUCUUUCACAUUACUCCAAGCAAUAUUUGCCCAAUAAUUCAGAAAUAAAGCUCUCGGAAGAUAUCACGCGGAUAAUAAAAUCGACACUGAGAAGACCAAACAGAAAAGACAUUUAUCCUGAGCAGAAUGCUCUAACUCCUGUCAUUUUUCAGUAUUACGGAUUGGAAGAUAUGAAGUUCAAUCAAACGAUAUUCUAUAUGGCACGAGCCUUGGGAGCGAUCGCUUCAAUUAUCUGGACGCAAAUCGUAAAUGCACCUGUCGAGCAUCCGAUAUCGAAGUGCACUUAUAGUUAUAUAGAAUUAAUUCGUGACGACAAUAUAAAAAAACGGAAAUCUAAAUUACGAAGGUAAAUAAGAGCGGAACUUAUUCCUAAAGUAUAUAUUCAAAAGUUCUUUAAAAAUCUUUGUAAAUUUUAAUGCUAAUCUUUUGUAAAAUGCUAAUCUUUUGUAAAAUUUUUAAUGCUUAAUGCUAUCAACUAUUAUUGUUCGUCAGUUCUUUUUUUUAUCGUACCUUUGUGAUAUAAUCCAUUUUAAAAAUGUGAUAAUCUUUACCGCAUCGUAUUCAAAAUAAAUAACACUAGUUAAAACCUGACGUGACGAAAAAUUUGACUUACGGCCAUUGUUCUUAGCAUCCAAAAAUCU